UGGAAAAUAUCGUUUACUCUUGGCGAUUCCGUCACAGAAAAACAAUUCCCCAAUAAAAUGGCUUUCGCAUUGAAAAAUUUUGUAACAGCCAUAAAAUCUUUUACUCGAGUGAAUCCUCAACCCCAACGUUAUAUUUCUGUCUGCUCUGUCUUGAAAAAUGCUGAUGAAAAGAAAGAUGCUUCUGUAGAAAAGGAUAAUAGACCCACUGUUCGUAAAAUUGAUCAGAAAAGAGUAGCCGAAUUGAAAGACUUUGGAACUUAUGUUGCUGAAUGUUUACCAAAAUAUGUAGAAAAAGUUCAAAUAGCAGCAGGUGAUGAACUAGAAAUUCUCAUUUCACCUGAUGGCAUUGUACCAACAAUCAGCUUUUUAAAAGAUCAUCACAACUGUCAAUUUACAAAUUUGUCAGAUUUGACAGCUGUUGAUGUACCUGGUAGACCAUACAGAUUUGAACUUGUUUAUCAGCUAUUGUCUAUACCUUAUAAUACAAGAUGUCGAGUUAAAUCUUAUACAGAUGAAUUAACACCAGUUGAUUCCAUUUAUUAUAUUCAUCGUGCUGCAGACUGGUACGAGCGUGAAGUAUGGGACAUGUUUGGAAUCUAUUUCACUAACCAUCCUGAUUUGAGGAGAAUCCUUACAGAUUAUGGAUUUGAAGGUCAUCCCAUGAGGAAAGAUUUCCCACUUACUGGAUACAUCGAGGUACGAUACGACGACGAAAAGAAACGAGUGGUUGCUGAACCUCUCGAGUUGGCUCAAGAAUACAGAAAGUUCGAUUUAUCUGCACCAUGGGAACAGUUCCCUAACUUUAGAGGACAAGCAUCUGGUGUACAAGAUGUUCCCAUUAAGAAAUAAACCAUUGAAAUAUUAGAUCAUUGAAUUAUAAUAUUAUAGCAAGAACAUGAAGUUACUUAUCUAAUGAAAGUAGCUUACUGUUUAAAUUUCACUUUAUAAAAUAAAAAAGGUUAUUCUGUAUAUUUAUUUAGUUUCCGUUUAAAUGCUUUAAAAGUAAAAACAAAAGUAUAAUUUAUUGUAUAUUUCAGACAAGUUUCUAUUAAAUCUAUUAAACUUUAUUUAUAAGUAUUAAUUCUCAUUUACCU